AACAUAUUGUAAGCUUAUGCGCGGCGUACUCGGAUGCACAGUGUUCUAUACUUGGAAUCUAUGCACGGUCUGCCGCCACGCUCUGACAGUGUUGAUGAUAACACCAAGAAGUGCCAUGCGAACUCUCCAAUUCGCAUGGAAGACACGUCCCAUAUAUGUUUCAUCCCUCAACCGCCAUCUACAUGUUAGUACACACACUUUAGGACUGACAACAUGUCCACCUCCAGAGACUCUUCGAGACUCAGAGCAGGCCCCAAUUCGCAAUCCCAUUCCACACCUGAUGUUUCUAGGAACAAUUCUGGAUUUAUACCCCCCGAAGCGGUGGUUUUUCCUGAGGGUCCGAUAAGCGAAAGCACUGCUGAAGCCUUGCAUGAAUUCGUGCACCCACAUCAUCAUACAGAUGAGACUCUGGUUGAAGAAACCAUCGAGGAACAUGAUGCCGAAGAGCAGCGGAAGAAGUUGCCUUGGUGGAGGCGGCCUUCCCCAUGGUGGUUCUUCGCGCUGAUUCCGUUUACAGCCAUCGCUACCGCCGCGACUUUGGCUCCUCGCAUUGAGAUUUACACUAAGCUCAUUUGCGAAGUAUAUAAACCCGACCUUUCAAGUCCACGAGAAAAUGAAUCCUAUACCGCUCUCAGUUCAUUCCCCUCGAUGUAUGAUGACGGAAACCAGAAACGAUGUGCCGCAGAUCCAGUAGUACAAGCUGCAGUCGCGCAGCUCAACAUGAUUAUCACGACUUCCGCAGGUAUCAUGGGCUGUCUAACUACUGGGUGGUGGUCGUCGCUCUCCGACCGUUAUGGUCGUCUGUGGGUGAUGGGGAUAUCUGCUUUCGGCUUGAUAUAUGCAGAUGUGAAUUUCAUCUUGGUGUCAAAGUUUUAUCGUCUCCUUCCCGGCGGAUAUUGGGCCUUCAUUGUAGGCAAUUUGGUUGAUGGUAUCAUGGGUGGUUUACCAACGGUGUCCGCCGCUAUUCAUGCAUAUGCUGCUGACAGUACGGAACUUCAUGGAAGAGCGCGAGCGUUUGCCCUAUUCGUGGGUCUCAUGUUCUUCGGCACCGCAGUUGGUCCUACUAUAGGUGGUCUCCUCGUCACACACACCCACAAUCUACUCACCGUGUUCUACCUUGCCGCCACCAUCCACGUUUUCUACACGAUACUGAUCUGGUUCGUCGUACCUGAGUCACUCCCCAGGAGCGCUAUGAUGAAGUCUCGAAGAGUCCAUGCUGAACGACUAGCGGAGAUUGCUUCUGGUUCACAACCGGCCGUUUCUUGGCUUAGGCGCAUAUUUGGGUUCUUAUCACCUCUGAAUGUGUUCAUGAUCCAACCUGUGGAUCAAGCUCAAAAUCCGCUCAAAAGAAAGAAGAGAAAUUGGAAUUUGCCUCUUAUUGGUUUGAGCUAUGGGUUUUCGACCCUGCUCUAUGGGUCAUACAACUACAAAUUUCAAUAUACUUCUGCUGUCUGGGGUUGGACUUCAGAACAGAUUGGCUAUUGGUUAAGUGUCGUCGGUGCUACGAGGGCUAUCUAUCUUGCGGUUAUCUUCCCUGCUAUCAUACACUUCUUCAAGCCAAAGGCUCGUGCUGUCCAGCUUCCCACUUCCCCUUCAGAACCUUUGUUAUCUUCGUCUUCCUCCGACGAGGCUCAGGCUCAGCAGCCGUCCAGCGGCUCAUCGUCAACCUUACAAUCCUCUUCAUCCAGUUCCGCGUCGUCUCAUUCAGCCUCUCCAAGCGUCCAAUCUCAAGCACUCCGUUUCGACCUAACGCUCGCUCGUAUUUCACUCUUCAUCGAGUUGGUCGCAUUCGUCGCCAUGCCUUUCUCGCCUAACCCAAUCGUCUUCACUGUGUUCACCGUGAUGACUUGCUUUGGCGCUGGGUACUCUCCUGCGAUUCAGAGUGUCGCCUUGAUAAUGUAUACUGAGAAUGGAGGGGUGGAGAGUGGGAAGUUGUUUGGUGCAAUCAGUGUGGUUCAAUCGUUAUGAAACUUUUUUUUCGCGUUGUAGCAUCUCAAUCAUUGGCCCCGCGAUUUUCGGCAUCACUUACAUGAAGACAGUGGCAACGAUGCCAGCUGCGAUCUUCUUCGUUUCCGGAGCGGUCGUCACUGCAUCGUUCGUCGCUCUUUGGAUGGUCCGUGUGCCCAAAGUGGCUGGUGGUAAGGAUGUAUUUGAUGAGGAAGACGUUCUGGGUGGUGGUACCGUUGUGCACUCAGCUCCGAGGGAGGAGACUUUGGUCGAGGUAGACCCUCCACCUCGUAUUGAGGUCACUUCGCCGACCUAAGCUUCGUAGAUGUCUAUACAAGCCGCUUGAUGACGGUAAGUUUUUUUGAGUAUCGUCAGGACUCGGAUGUUUCCACAUGCCUCUUUUACACAUACUGUUGGCUUGUUAACCUUGCAAUCCUCUUCCGAUAUAGUAGAACUACUGUAGAUCAAUAAAUACCAUAAAUAUGCUAUCGCACUACACAUU